AGACCAGACACUGUGAAACAGAAGAAUGCCUUCCCUCCUAACUUUAUCCACUCUCUGGACUCCACACACAUGAUGCUGACUGCUCUCUACUGCUACAGGUACACUAAGGCCUGACCUAUAACCUCUGACCCACACCACUCUAUAGCGGGGAUGAGGAAGCUGGUGGCGGGCCGCAUCAAUUUCCAAGGAGGUCUCAACUUACUGUUGAGAGUUAGAAAAGUAGAUUAUCCAAUUUCGAAAUGUGUUUGUGCAUCAGCAGUUUUUCUCUUGUUAUGUUAUGACAGUCACUCAAUUAGUUAUCUAAACUUUUAGUAAUCGGGGUCGAAUCCCCCAUUAAUUUUAGAUAUCAUAUUCAAAACUCCAAACAUUUCUCUGCACCCUAUGGCAAAAUGAGUAGAGUUGCAGGAAAUGAGCUGUAAAACUGCACAUCUUUCUCUCAGCUCCAUGGCAAACUGUGUAGAAGUGCAGCAAACUUGCUUCAAAACUGCAACAUUUUCUCUACGCCCUAUGGCAAAAUGUGUAGAAUUGGGGCCCAACAAAAUUUCACUUAGGGCCUCCAAAAGGCUGGGGCCGGCUCUGACUGCAUGUGUGGGUAAGCAGACCAUCGAGCCACUUCCCCUCAUGAUGAGUUCAGAUUUUUUGUGGCCCCCACCACCAUCAAAGUUGCCCAUCCCUGCUCUAGCCUGCUACGGUAAAAGCUCUCAUGACCCCUCUGAACUCUGCAUGGGAUAGCUAUCUGAAUAACCAUCUCUGUUUGAUCCCAUAAACGGUUGUCAUAGUAUGUCACAUUGAUUAAAGUCUUAGUAUGUCUCCCAGGCUGAGUAACCUCAUGUUACGGGGUCCAGUUUCCACCACGUCUAGCCAUGUAUCUCAUGUCUCUCUCUUUCUUCCUCUGUGUGCUUCUCCAGCGCCGGCCUGACAUUCGUCUCCGUCCACGACUGCUUCUGGACCCACGCCCUCACAGUCGACACCAUGAACAAGGUACAUCAUCUUCAUUUUCUUCUAUCACCUUCAUCAUUCCUCCUUUAACCUUAGCACACAUCUCCUUGUGGCUAGGUGUAGUAGUAUACUCUGGUGGCAGGAGUCAAUUACUUUACGCCACUGGCUGCCUGGCCAUUAAUACAUGCCUUUACAGCUAUUGGCAGCAGGCAGCGCCAUAUGUCCCAGAGUUGCAUCCUGUUACAGAGGGCCAUUACGGAGUAUAGAUGGCUGUGUUGGCCUGUCCUUCGUGCGUGACUCCGAGGUGUCAGCAACACUAAAUUGAGACGCUCUGGUUCUGUUAAGAUCCAAAAUGGCCGAAUUACCAUAAUGGGUAAUUCUGUGUGAAUUAUGUUAAGGAAAGAGCGUCCAACUGUUAUUUCUUCAUCCAAUCUCCAAUGAUUAGCAUUGAAGGGGUUAUUUCACAGUAUGGUUAUUUCUUGUCAUGUUUAAAUCUCAAAGUGCUCUUCUCUCAUUACAUAGCCAAUUGAACACAAAGGCAAGGGGCCGCACUCUAAAUAACUUGGUCAGCGCCUCAACAUAUGACACUGGAUUUUAUAUUACCAUAUUUCUAUUCUUCAGGCAUGCAUUAAAUUGGCACCGACCCGGCAGCAUAAAUGAAUGGCCCCAAUCACUCUAGCUAGUCUCCUAUCCCUUUCCUCCUCCAUUUCUACCUCCACCUCCUCUUCUCCUUCUCUCCUCCCCUGUUGUCUGUGUGGUAUCAGGGUCUGUGACCGAUCUCCUCUCCUUCCUCUCGGAGGGAUUGUGACGGUUUCAUCAACCUAGUUUAGAUCUCCCCAUUCACACAAUGGAGACCGACAGGACUGGAGAGGACAAACUGAGCGACCCCAAUGGAGAUCAUAUCAUUAUCAUAACUCACCCUACAGCAGUGUGACUUAGAGUCCUGUGUCAAUGAAGCUGGAGAGUUGAGUAGUGUUGUUGGUUCUGCUUGUAUCAUGAGGACAGAGUGACUGAUUGGGCUCGCUCAGAUUGCCAGAUCUCUCUAGAACUCCCAGUACAGUCAAAUGCCAGUGUUGAAUAGAGUGAUUGCUUGAGUGUUGGGAGUACAGUAGAGUGACUGAGUGUGUUGUGCUGUCUUGGGUUGCCAGGUUUGCCGGGAGCAGUUUGUGGCGCUGCACAGCCAGCCCAUCCUUCAAGAGCUGUCCAACUUCCUACUGAAGAAAUACUGCUCUGGUCUACAGUAA